UCUCUCUCACACAUAAACACACCAUUACAAGUGUCGAGCUUUUCCGGUCAAGCAUAUCGGAUCUCUGUUUUGACCAUUUCCCUCUUCAAGCGGCAAAUCGUUUACAUUUUUACAGAAAAAUCUCAUCCUUUCCUUUCCCUCUCUCUCUUCGCUUUCUAAUUCUUUCCUUUCAAACACAUUCUUCUUCUUCUUCUAUGAAUUGAAUUCUUGAAUUCUUGAAUUCAAUCUUUAAUCUUUAAUCAUGGGUUAUCUCGAAGUGAUGCAUAAGACGAAGUUAAUUCAGUUUCUUGGACGUACUACACCUAUCAUUCUUCAGAAUGACAAUGACAAUGGUUCAAGUCCUCUCCUCGCCAUAUGUAAUGUUUUGUUAUUGAAGAACAGCUUGAACCUUGAACCAGAUACUGCUGAAGUUUCACAGGAGAUGUUACUUUCACUUGUUGCUCAACGGUUAAUUGAUUCAAAUAGCAAUGCUAAUAAUAAGAAUGUUGGGUUUCUCGCAAAUCAACAGAGAAAUGUUGCUGAUGCUAUUGAUUUGUUGCCUCGGCUAGCUAGUGGAAUUGAUCUAAACAUUAAAUUCAGGAGGAUUGAUGAUUUUGAAUUUGUUCGUGAGCGUGCAAUAUUUGAUCUUUUGGAAAUUCCUUUAUAUCAUGGUUGGAUAGUUAAUCCCCAGGAGGUUGACACUCUUAAUGCAAUUGGAUCAAGAUCCCAUAAGACUCUUAGGAGGGAGCUUCUUGCACUUGAGGCGUGGAAUGCAUCUCAUCCAUAUAGAGAAGACUCCGAUGAAGAUACAGUCGACUUUGUGGCUGCAACAACUGCCGCUCUCGGAGUUCCUUCUCCAUCCAUUUCGAGGUGUAUAUCUUUUGAUGCCUCCCCACAUAAUAUAAGAACAUGGGAAAUGGAGGAAGAAGCAAAGCUAUUGGGGGCCUUGAAUUUAUCGGAACCUGAAUCAUCACCUGCUUCUGUAAUUGACCAGCAAGAACAUCUCACGGAUAAUGGUUCCAUUUCACCCGACAAGAUUAGUCAGGAAACUGUAAAUGAAAGUCGAAUACCCGAUGAAGAGAUAAGUAAAGGACAUGUAAGAAAACCAUUGACAUGUAGAACAGAUAUCAGAGGAGAACAAUGUGCAGAAAAGGCUGAAAGUUGUAACUUUAGUUUUCAUGAUAGCGAGCCUAUGUAUGAAGGAGAGGAAUGUGUAUUGAACCCGACAACAGCUCAGGAUCAGGAACCUCAAUAUGAGGGAGAGAUUAUUCUUGCAGAACUAUCAGCCAAAAGUUCAAAAGCUGAAAUUACUCCAAGGGAAGGGGAGCUGAUCAGAAAUUUUUUUGGUUACAGUGAUACUCAAUUGACAUUAUAUGGGUUCUUUUGUUUACAAAAUGGACUGAAAGAACAUGAGAUUUGUGUGUUUUUUCGCAACAAUCACUUUCACACAAUGUUCAGGUUUAAUGGAGAACUGUAUAUUUUGGCUACACAUCAAGUUUAUUAUGAUCAACCUGAUGUUGUAUGGGAGCAUCUAAAUGAGGUUAAUGGAAAUACAGUUUUAUUAACGGCUGAUUUCGAGGAAUUUAAGGCACAGAAAUAAUCAGGUUGAAGGAAAAAAGCAGAAAAAUCAUCAAACAAGAGCCCUUCAAUGGUUGGUUGGAGUUGACAGCUAGAGGUAGAGCUUAAUUUGAAUCCUCAUAAAAAAAAAAAAGUGGGUAAGAAGGGAAAUAGAUUAUAAUACAUGAAAAUGUCCUUUCUUCUGAUAACUGGGGCCAAAACUAUUUAAUGUUUGUAGGGUGAUUUUAAAAAAAAAUAUAUGAAAUUUUGAAAUGUAUAUGGUUUUGUUAUAGUAGGUGGGGAACAUUAUUAGUUCAUGUGGGCCAAAUGGUGCUAUGCCUAUCUUCA